AUGCAUCUCCGGAACAUAUUGAGGGGCGGGUUAGCGCUGGGGUUUCUGGCAGCGGUCUCUGCCUCACCGGUGGGGGACACUGAGGAGCCCGCUGUUCUCGCGGUUGCCGUCUUUCCCGAAGACAAUCCAUUCGGACACGUCGUCAAUGGCGAGAGAAACAAGCUGGAUGUAUUCAUUGAGAACACCUCUGAUCGGAACGUGACACUCUUGAGCAUCGCCGGCUCCGUGCACCACCCAGAGACGAAUGCUCUGAUCAAGAACACCAGCAGUCUUACAUACGGGGUUAGGUUACUCGAGGGGACGAGGAUUCAGUUGCCCUACACAUUCUACAGCGAAAACCAUUUCCUCGCACAGCCCGGCGAUCUGAAGUUGAAUAUAUGGUUGGAACACCUCGCCGACGAUAAAGUAUACCGUGUCACGGCGUAUGACUCGAUCGUGACCGUCGUCGAGCCGGAAUUGUCAUGGUUUGACCUCAAGAUGCUAUCCACGUACGCGAUGGUCGCGGGUAUACUUGGCGCGGUGGGAUAUUUUGCUUACCAGACGUACGCUCCUGCGCCGAAGAAGGCGCGCAAGCCGCGAGGAGAGGCGAUAAGUGCGCCGGUCGGUACGGUCACUGCCACUGGUGCGGGCGGGUACCAGGAGGAGUGGAUCCCUGAGCACCAUUUGAAGAAGUCGAAAAGCAGGAAGGGCGCGGCGAGCAGCGGGGAUGAAUUGAGCGGCGGAGAGACGAGUGGAACCGAGGGGAGGCGCAGGAAGGGGAAGAAGUGA